CAUUCAUUCACAGUCUUAAGCCAUGUUCAUCAUUCUGAGAAACUCAUCACCAAUCUUCCUCCUCUUGCUAUCUCUGUUUCUUUCUCUUUCUUUAUCCUCUUCAAUCCCAGACUAUACAUCUUGCUUGAUCCAUCACAACAUCAAAAACUUCACCAGAUUCCCUGACCAAUCCUCUACUCACAGUUAUGAUGCUGACUACUUCAAAAUCCUCAACUUCUCCAUCCAGAACCUUCGCUUUGCACAGCUUAACAUCCCAAAACCUAUAGCAAUUGUUCUGCCUGAGAGCUUGGAGCAGCUAAGGAGCAGUGUGGUGUGUUGUAGGGAAUUCUCUGUAGGCAUCAGAGUGAGAUGUGGUGGACACAGCUACGAAGGGACUUCCUCUGUGGCCAAUGAUGGAGCUCCAUUUGUCAUCAUUGACCUCAUGAACCUGAACCAUGUUCAGGUGGAUAUGGAGGCUGAAAUAGCGUGGGUCGAAGGUGGGGCCACCCUAGGAGAGACCUACUAUGCAAUAUCUCUGGCCAGCAAGGCCCACGGGUUUUCAGCAGGGUCAUGCCCAACCGUGGGCGUAGGUGGGCAUAUUGGGGGAGGUGGUUUUGGGCUUUUGUCAAGAAAAUAUGGGCUUGCAGCAGAUAAUGUGGUGGAUGCACUUAUUAUAGAUGCUGAUGGGAAUUUACUUAACAGGCAAGAAAUGGGAGAAGAUGUGUUUUGGGCUAUUAGAGGAGGUGGGGGUGGUGUUUGGGGGAUUGUAUAUGCCUGGAAGAUCAAAUUACAAAAGGUGCCAGAAACUGUAACGAGUUUCAUAGUCUCAAGAACAGGCACAAAAGAUCAUCUUCAGAAACUAGUUGAUAAAUGGCAAUAUGUAGCACCAAGAUUGGAAGAUGACUAUUAUUUUUCAUGCUUUGUUGGUGCAGGCUUGCCUGAAGCUAAAUCUAAAGGAUUAUCUGCAACUUUUAAAGGGUUUUAUCUGGGUCCUAGGCACAAGGCCAUCUCUGUUAUAAACCAGGUUUUCCCUGAACUGGGUAUUGAGGAAGAAGAUUGCAAAGAAAUGAGUUGGAUUGAGUCUAUAGUUUUCUUCUCUGGCCUAACAAAUGGAGCCACAGUGUCUGACUUGAAGAACAGGUAUAUGCAAGACAAGGAAUAUUUCAAGGCCAAAUCAGACUUUGUGAGGAGUCAUAUUCCUCUAGAGGGGAUAGAAACUGCUUUGAACAUACUUGAGAAGGAGCCAAAAGGUUAUGUCAUUUUGGACCCUUAUGGUGGGAUGAUGCACAAUAUAAGCAGUGAAUCCAUAGCUUUUCCUCACAGAAAAGGCAAUCUCUUCACCAUUCAGUACCUGAUAUACUGGAAAGAAGCCGAUGAUGGCAGAAGCAGUGAAUAUAUUGAGUGGAUAAGAGAGUUCUAUGAUUCUAUGACUUCAUUUGUUUCAUGGGGUCCUAGGGCUGCAUACAUCAAUUACUUGGACUUUGAUCUUGGAAUAAUGGUGGAACCCAUUAACACAAAGGCUGCAGGGGAACAAGCCAGAGUUUGGGGUGAAAGGUACUUCUUGAGCAACUAUGAUAGACUGGUUAAAGCCAAGACUCUGAUUGAUCCCAAUAAUGUUUUCACUAAUCAACAAGGCAUUCCUCCCUUAUCUUCUUCCAUCAGUUCAAUGUGAUGCUAGACUUGUACAGGUGAGUUUAAGUUUCAGCUCCUCUGUAAAUAUGUGCAUUUACAAGUUUGAUUCUGCAAUGCAUGUGUUAGAAAACGCAUCUGAAGUCUGGUAUUUAAUCGUAUAGUGUGCAAGUUAUAAAUACAUUGUAAAAGGUUUGCAAGCUCUUUCCUUUGGCACUAUGGCAAAAAGUAGUAGUACGUACUACGUACAUCUCAUAUAUCUAAUAAGACUUAAUAUUAAUGUCCA